AUGUACCCUCUGACUGUCAUUCGUAUUGCUCGUGGCCACCCCAUAACCGUUGAGCUUAAAAGCGGCAGUGUAUAUACGGGAAUCCUUUAUAAAUGCGAUCUUUGGAUGAACCUGCAUAUCAAAAAUGCUUUUAAAGAUGAUAUCUACUCAUAUCCUGAAGCUUAUAUCAAAGGAAUCUCAAUCAAAAGUGUUCGUUGCGAUAAGAAACACUUGGCCAUGCAAGAUGUUCUUCAAAAGCGCCGUAGCAAAUAA